AUGGGUUCAACAAUUAUUACACUUCAAAUGCAUUAUGGGGGCUGUUUUUUAUCAGAUCCUGAACUCAGGUAUGCUAAUGGAAUUUCUGAUCUUGAAAAAAUAAGAAUCGAUAUGGAUGAGCUUCAUAUUAUGUUUUUUCAUAAAUUAGCUAGAGAAUUGGGAGUUGAACAAGUUGAAACCUUUGGGUGCAAAGUUAACAAAAGAGGUGAUUUUUAUAUGUUGAAAAGUGAUACUGAUGUGUUAAGAUUUAUUAACAACUUAAAGGGUGGGGACUUUGUUGAUGUGUAUGUGGUACAUCAAAUUAGUACUCCUUUAAUUGUUGAGGAUCCUACUGAGGUGCAAAUUUCCCAAUUGCUUACUCCCAAAAAAGGUAAGCCCCCACCACAUACUGUUAUAAAUGUUAGGGCUGAUGUGUCUUCCCCUCAACCAUCUGAUAAAAAUGAUACAAAUAUAAAAGAAGAUCAGCAACCUAGUGUAGACAAGGGUAAGAAUAAGGAGGCUGUUGCUCCUGAGGUUUCUUUAGAGGACUUAGAUGAAGAUGAAUGUCAAGGUCAAGGUAAUGACUUUUCUUCCUACCACCUUCAUACAUCUGAUGAAUCUGAUGUAGAUGUAGAUGCUAAACAAUCUGAUUCUGAGUCACUUUAUGAUGUUGAUGAGAACAUUGAUGACUUAAGUGACUUGGAUUCUGAGUUUGUUGAAGCUAGGAAGUCUAACAUUCAAGAACAAGUUAAUAAAGAGAAGGCUGCUAGAAUAAAUGUAGAUGAGAUACCUUCUGGUCCUGUUGGUAUAGAUACUGGGGAUCCUGUUGAUUCUGAUGAGGUUGUAGAUCCACCAGCUAGAAAUUCAAGUACAAAGGUCUAUUUUGACCCAACUGCCAAAAAAAUUGUAUUUCAGUUGUAUAUGGUUUUUGUGAAUAAUGUUCAGUUUAGAGAAGCACUACAGACUUACUCUAUUCAGAAGGGUGUGAACAUUAAACUUAAACCUAAUGAAAAGGAGAGAAUCAGGGCAAAGUGUAAUAAGAAGGGUUGUCCUUGGUAUAUUCUUGGAAGUAUUGAGGGUAAUACUGGAAAUUUUAUUGUGAAGACAUAUUUUCCUGUCCAUAAGUGUUUCAAAAAAACAAGAAACAAGUUGUGUACUCCAAACUGGAUUUGUAAGACUUAUAAAGACAGAAUCAUGAGUGAGCCUAGCAUCAGACUCCAUCAGAUUCAAGGCUUGGUACAAAAGGAUUAUGGAUUAUAUGUUAGUAAAACAAGUUGUAGAAGAGCAAAAAUGAAAGUCAUGAAUGAGCAUAUGGGUGAUUUCAUAGAGGAAUUUGCUAGAUUGUAUGACUAUGCUGAGGAGUUGAAGUCUACAAAUCCAGGAACUACUGUGGUUGUUAGGACAUCCAAGAAUACAAUUCCUGGAAAAGAGGAUGGAAAUAAUCAGAUGUACCCUGUAGCAUGGGCAGUAGUUAAUAAAGAAUCCAAGGACACAUGGUCUUGGUUUAUCAAGUGCAUCAAACAUGAUUUGGAACUGACACAAACUGAAGGUGAAGGACUGACAGUUAUGUCUGAUAUGCAGAAGGGUCUUAACCUAGCACUUGUUGAUUUAUUACCAAAUGCUGAGAUUAGAUGGUGUGCUAGACAUAUAUGGGCCAACUGGAAGAAGGUAUGGAGUGGUGAAGAAAGGAGGAAGAAGUUUUGGCAGGUUGCCAGGGCUCCAUUUGAAGUUCAUUUACAAUCAAAACUUGAUGAAAUGAGUCUGUUGGGAGAAGGUAUUGUGGAAGCUUUGUUAAAGUACAACAAAAAUGCAUGGUGUAGGGCAUUAUUCAAGGACCAUAGCAAGUGUGACAUAGUUGAGAAUAAUAUGUGUGAGACAUUUAAUAGUUGGAUCUUGGCAGCUAGAUUCAAAUCAAUCAUCACAAUGUUAGAGGAAAUUAGAGUCAAAGUCAUGGAAAGAAUGACUCAAAUGAGGGAGUUUUCUGAAAAAUGGAUAACUGAUGUGUCACCUAUGGCUAUGCAAAUUCUUACUGACAAUGCUGAACAUGCAGCCAUAUGUGAAGUCAUGGCAACUGAAGGGGAUUCCUUAUGCACAUGCAAUUACUGCAAUGCAUUACAAGGAUCUAGAUAUUGA